CCGCCCGGCCCGGCAGCGAAUGAACGCGCGCGCCGCGAGGGCGCAGGGGGCAGCAACUUGAGGUAAGGCGGCCUGUGGUGUCGGUGCCAGCAGCGCGGAGCUUCCCGGGCCGACACCGGAUCUCGCCGCCGCGGGAGGAGCCCGAGUCCCGGGCCGAAGCUGCCCCAGGAAUGCUCUCAGGCGGCACAAACAUGGCUGCUGCCAUGCGAGCUGCGGGAGUCCUGCUCCGCGAUCGGCUGGUGCAUGGCAGCUCAGCGGCCCGCCAGCCAUGGAGGGGCCAGUCGAUUGGAGCCACGGCGGUAGCUGCCACGGAAACAGCCCAGCGUGCCAGGAGCCCAAAACCUCAAGUUCAACCGGGGAAGAGGAAGCCGAAGACUGGAAUAUUAAUGCUGAACAUGGGGGGCCCCGAAACCCUGGAAGAUGUUCACGAUUUCCUUCUGAGGCUCUUCCUGGACCGAGACCUCAUGACGCUUCCUAUUCAAAAUAAGCUGGCACCAAUCAUCGCCAAACGCCGAACCCCCAAAAUUCAGGAGCAGUACCGCAGGAUUGGAGGUGGGUCCCCCAUCAAGAUGUGGACUUCCAAGCAAGGAGAAGGCAUGGUGAAGUUGCUGGAUGACCUGUCCCCCAACACAGCCCCUCACAAAUACUAUAUUGGAUUCCGGUACGUCCAUCCUUUAACAGAAGAAGCAAUUGAAGAGAUGGAGAAAGAUGGGAUCGAAAGGGCUAUUGCCUUCACGCAGUACCCACAGUACAGCUGCUCCACCACAGGCAGCAGCUUAAAUGCCAUUUACAGAUACUAUAGUGAAAUGGGAAGGAGGCCUGCAAUGAAGUGGAGCACGAUUGACAGGUGGCCCACACACCCCCUCCUCAUUCAGUGCUUUGCAGACCACAUUGUGAAGGAGCUGGACCACUUUCCAGUUGAGAAGAGGAGUGAGGUGGUCAUUCUUUUUUCUGCUCACUCACUGCCCAUGUCUGUGGUCAACAGAGGGGACCCCUAUCCUCAGGAGGUGGGUGCCACUGUGCAGAGAGUCAUGGAUAAGCUGGGUUACUCCAACCCCUACCGACUGGUUUGGCAGUCCAAGGUUGGUCCGAUGCCCUGGCUGGGCCCUCAAACAGAUGAGACCAUCAAAGGGCUUUGUGAGAGGGGGAGGAAGAACAUUCUCUUGGUCCCAAUAGCGUUUACCAGCGAUCACAUUGAAACGCUGUAUGAACUGGACAUCGAGUACUCUCAGGUUCUGGCUAAUGAGUGUGGAGUCGAAAACAUCAGAAGAGCAGAGUCUCUUAAUGGAAAUCCAUUGUUCUCCAAGGCCCUGGCCGAUUUGGUGCUCUCACACAUCCAGUCAAACGAGCUGUGCUCCAAGCAGUUGACUCUGAGUUGUCCGCUCUGUGUAAAUCCUGUCUGCAGGGAGACUAAAUCCUUCUUCGCCAGCCAGCAGCUGUGACCCCAGCCAGAGGACCCCGUGGGAUUAGGCAAAUGCCCACCCCCCAGAUACCUCCGUUGUGGAGGAGAUGCAUUCAGAGAUCAAGGAAGAAAGUUACAUUGGUAUCUGUACAGCCUUUGGACACCAAUUGUGUGAUUUCUUGAGGAACAGACUCUGAAAGCCUUAUUGGGGUUUUCUAUUUUACAUACUAAUACAGGAAGCAUUUAUAUACCCCUCCCCCCCCCAAAUCUGGAUAAAGUUACCAGUUUGGAAUGUCCACUGGGCUAUUUAAAAAACAAGUUUUAAACAUUUAUCUUAAUGGAUGCACACGUAUUUUAAAUACAGAUUUUCAUUUUAUUGCUCAAAAAACCUGCAAGGGUAAUUAAUGGAGAGUCCCCUCUGUGGGCCGUCAGUGUGAAUGAGAUCCGUUUACAGUCUUGUGCAUCGAGUUGUCCUUGUUUUUUAAGGGAACAGACUUGAGUAAAGGAAAUAUAGUUUGAAAAGGAACUGUUACCUAAUCUUUCUCUAAGCCCGUGGGUUACAGAAUGCCAAUAAUGAGGUGGUAUGGUUGCCUAUAAUGGCUGCUUUUGCAGCAGUUAAUGGUGAUGUCACCAAUAAUCGGUCAUUUCGGUACUUAUGUGUGAACCUCACUUUCCUCACCAUAAAACCAAAUCGAGUACAGAUUCCAAAAGUGCGUUAAGAUUCCCCAGGCACACAAGGCUAAUAAACCUGUAGCAACCCAGCAUGGGUCAUACUUGCCUGGUGAGGAUCUGCGGUACCACAAGAAGGGGGGCCUCUCACUGCUUCCGGUCCCCAAGGACUGUGAUGCCGGGAAAUACUAACAACGGGCUUCAUCUUUAAAGCUGUCCCAGGACCCUAGGGAAACUUUCCAUGGAGCAUCAUCUUUAUUUGGUUUGAAUGUCUUCUGCCCAUUUGUUUGAAGAAUUAUUUUAUAAAGUCAGCUAUGCUUUGUAAUCUUGAAUUCUUAAGUUUUAAUUUUUAUCAUAAAAAUGAUGGAACCUUGCUCUUGGAAAUUUGAAAAAUAGAGGAAAAAGAAAUAACCACUCUAAUGCAACAACAAUUAAUCAUAUACGUCUAUCUCUUGCCAGUCUUUUCCUGUGGAUAUUUUUAAUGCCAUUGUAACCUUGAAUUUGUGAGUGAAAAGUUGUUCUAAAAAUGUAGAAAUAAUAUAAGAUCAGAAUCUGAUCUCCUUUACUUGGAUUUAAAUGGAUUAAAAAAAUCUCUGAUGGAUCCGUAA